AUGCAGCUCAUGAACCUGGCUCUGACCCUAGCUGCGGCUUUCUCCAUGGCCAAUGCGUACGCCAUUACUGGCAGCGAAGUCAACUGUCGCACCGGUGCCUCGACAAAGGACGCCGUUGUCACGACAUACCACAAGGGUGACGAUGUCAAGAUCUCAUGCCAGACUUAUGGCGAAGACGUUAAUGGGAACUCCAUCUGGGACAAGACAUCUGACGGCUGCUACGUUACCGACUACUACGUGAAGACCGGCUCAAGCAGCAUGGUCACCAAGGACUGUGGCGGUGGCAGCUCUGGCGGCGGCUCAUCCUACAAGGGCCAGAUCAGCCGCAAGGAGAUCAUCUCCCGUGGUCAGUUCUGGGUCUCACGCCACAUCCCAUACUCUAUGAACGACCAAUACCCGGACCCUCAAGGCCGCAAAUACCGCACAGACUGCUCAGGCUUCGUUAGCAUGGCUCUCCAUGCGUCUGCGCCAGGCGCCAACACCGUCAGUCUCCCGGAUAUUGCGAAGCCUAUCGCUUGGAAGGACCUACAGCCUGGUGACUUUGUUGGCACCCUAGGCGCUGGUACUGGCGGUGCUGCCGGUCACGUCACUCUGUUCCAUUCGUGGGCCGACAGUUCCAAGAAGGAGUACAAUACGCUUGAGUGCCGGGGUACCUACGGCUGCGUCGCGUACAAGCGCCCUGUUAGUUGGAAGGUUGGCAGUUUCACGGCCAAGCCCUACAGAUACAUCAAUGUUGUGGACUAA